AUGAAGGUUAGAAUCUGGAACCGCACCAAGCAGAACGCGGAAAAAUUUGCUCAGAUGGUGAAUGGACCGGUCCAGGUGUGUUCCUCGGUCCAGGAGGCUGUCCGCGGGGCCGAUGUGAUUGUCACAGUCACAAUGGCAACUCAGCCCAUCUUGCAUGGAGAGUGGGUAAAACCCAGAGCCCACGUCAAUGCUGUCGGAGCCAGCCGGCCUGAUUGGAGAGAACUAGAUGACGAUAUAAUGAGGAAUUCGGUAUUGUAUGUCGAUUCGAAAGAGGCAGCCCUGCGCGAAUCAGGAGACGUUAUUUUAUCGGGGGCAAGCGUUUUUGCAGAACUCGGCGAGGUGAUCUUGGGAAGCAAACCAACCCUGCGGGAGGAAACCACGGUGUUCAAAUCACUGGGAAUGGCCAUUGAAGACACCGUGACUGCAAAACUGGUCUUUGAAUCUUGGUCAGCCAGUGGAUGA